AUGGCAAGGAAUCAAAAAAUCUCAACACAAGAACGAAGAAACUUGCGUGAGAAGCAUCAGCAAGCUCAAAAAGACCGUCAAGAGAAGCUUGCCCAGCUUGAUCCGAAAGAAUACACCAAAUUUACAAAGUUUUCUGAGCUUCCUCUAUCCAGACAAACGCUAAUAGGAUUAAGAGGAGCCCACUUCAUAGAAAUGACAGGGAUACAGAAAGAAGCUAUUCCACCAGCUCUCCAAGGGCAAGAUAUUUUAGGAGCUGCCAAAACGGGAUCAGGCAAAACCUUGGCCUUCUUGAUUCCCCUGAUAGAAAUGUUACUGAGAGAAGAUUGGAAUGAAUUUGAUGGUGUCGGAGCACUAAUUAUAUCUCCCACUAGAGAGUUGGCUAUGCAGAUCUAUGAAGUUCUCCUAAAUAUUGGUAAGCAUAGCAGUUUUUCAUGUGGUCUAGUCAUAGGGGGCAAAGACUUCAAGUAUGAGUCCGAAAGAAUCGGAAAGAUUAAUGUACUCAUUGGAACACCAGGGAGAUUAUUGCAGCAUAUGGACCAAUCAGCCAAUUUGAAUAUCAACAACUUACAAAUGCUAAUUUUGGAUGAAGCUGAUAGAAUCCUAGACAUGGGUUUCAAGAAAACCCUGGAUAGCAUCAUUUCCAGCAUUCCUCCGCAAAGACAAACGUUAUUGUUUUCGGCCACCCAAACAAAAUCGGUCCAAGAUUUGGCCCGUUUAUCGUUAACUAACCCGAAAUACAUAAACAGUUCCUCGGAUCUUGAUCUGGCAACUCCAGAUUCCUUGGAGCAGUCCUAUAUCGUUGUUCCCCUCAAUGAAAAAAUAAACACAUUAUGGUCAUUCAUCAAAACUCACCUCAAAUCGAAAAUUUUGGUCUUCUUAUCAUCUUCCAAACAAGUGCAUUUCCUCUAUGAGGCAUUCAGGAAAUUGCAACCGGGUAUAUCUUUGAUGAAGUUGCACGGCAGACAGAAGCAAACGGCAAGAAUCGAAACCACAGUCAAAUUUUCUCACGCACAACAUUGUUGUCUGUUUGCAACGGAUGUGGUUGCCCGGGGUUUAGAUUUCCCAGCCAUUGACUGGGUUGUGCAACUUGACUGCCCGGAGGAUGCUUCAACAUAUAUUCACAGGGUUGGUAGAUGUGCCAGAGCUGGAAAAGAGGGGAAAUCAUUGUUAAUACUAACUCCUUCUGAGGAAGAAGCUUUUGUGCGGAGACUGGAAGCUAAAAACAUCAAAAAUAUCUCCAAAUUGAAUGUAAGAGGUGCAAAGAAAAAGACGAUUGAGCCUCAAAUGCAAGCGUUAUGUUUCAAAUCUCCAGAAUUAAAGUACUUGGGCCAGAAAGCUUUUAUUGCUUAUUUCAAAUCAGUUUUUAUACAAAAAGACAAAGAAGUAUUUCAAGUUCAAAAGUUGCCGGUUGAAGAGUAUGCCAAAUCUCUUGGACUUCCAGGUGCUCCGAAGAUCAAACUGCUGGAGAAGUCCGCCAAAGCCAUGACUGAGGAGCAACUAUCCAAGUUAAAAGAACGAAAGAACGCAUCCAGGCAAUUACUUACCCUCUCAAAACUUGAUGAGAAUGGAGAAGAAAAACCUGAAGACAAGAAGAAGGUUAGAACAAAAUAUGAUAAAAUGUUUGAAAGACAGAAUCAAAAUGUGCUUUCGGAGCACUAUAGAAAUUUGAAUGCAGAACAGGAUGAUGAGGAAGAAGACUUUAUCUCUGUCAAAAGGACCGAUCACGACUUGACAGAGAACGUCCCUGAACUUGACAACCUUCCAACUUCUAAGAGGGCUGCUAAAAAGGCUUUGUCUAAAAAGGCUAUGUCAAAGGCUGGUGCCAACCCCAAGAAAUUGGUGUUUGAUGACGACGGUAAAGCGCAUGAAAUAUACGAGCUAGCAGGAGAGGAAGAGUUCCAUGAACAAGGUGAUGCGCUGGAUCAAAAGACCAAGUUUAUUCAGCAAGAGUCCACAGUUAUGGCUGAAGCUGACUCUGAAGAUAAGGUGGUUGCAAAGGAGAAAAAAGUCGAAAAAAAGAGAAGAAGACAAGACAUUGAACGAAAAGCCAAAGAAGAGUCUGAUCUGUCUGAGGAAGAUGAUGAAGAAGACGAAGAUGAAGAAGAACUUCCAGACAUUGCUAGGGACUAUGACAGCGACAGUAGUGGGGACGAUGAGCCAGACCGUAAGAAGACUAAAAAAUGGUUCGAGAAUGACAGAGGCAUCAAUGGAACUGAUUUUAACACUAAGGUGAUUGAGUUGGAGAAGCCUGAUACUAUUGAUGACAUGGAAGCUUUGGCUGAACAAUUGCUUCAUGGAUAA